CCCCCCGUGAGUAAGCCCACGGCACAGCUAAAUGCAGCCGCCCGCCUCUGUCACUGGGAGACAGUCCACUUAAAUGCAGCUCCAGGGUUGCGAGGCACCCACCAGCAUCAUUCCCCUUGCGAGGUGGCAAAUGCAACAUGCUCUCCAGCUUGGGGUGUCUACUUCUCUGUGGAAGUAUUACACUAGCCCUGGGAAAUGCACAGAAAUUGCCCAAAGGUAAAAGGCCAAACCUGAAAGUUCACAUCAAUACCACAAGUGACUCCAUCCUCUUGAAGUUCCUGCGUCCAAGUCCAAAUGUAAAGCUUGAAGGUCUUCUCCUGGGAUACGGCAGCAAUGUAUCACCAAACCAGUACUUCCCUCUUCCCGCUGAAGGGAAAUUCACAGAGGCUAUAGUUGAUGCGGAGCCGAAAUAUCUGAUAGUUGUGCGACCUGCUCCCCCUCCAAGUCAAAAGAAGUCAUGUUCAGGUAAAACUCGUUCUCGCAAACCUCUCCAGCUGGUGGUUGGUACUCUGACACCGAGCUCGGUCUUCCUGUCCUGGGGUUUCCUCAUCAACCCACACCAUGACUGGACAUUGCCAAGUCACUGUCCCAAUGACAGAUUUUAUACAAUUCGUUAUCGAGAAAAGGAUAAAGAAAAGAAGUGGAUUUUUCAAAUCUGUCCAGCCACUGAAACAAUUGUGGAAAAUCUAAAGCCAAACACGGUUUAUGAAUUUGGAGUGAAAGACAAUGUGGAAGGUGGAAUUUGGAGUAAGAUUUUCAAUCACAAGACUGUUGUUGGAAGUAAAAAAGUAAAUGGGAAAAUCCAAAGUACCUAUGACCAAGACCACACAGUGCCAGCAUAUGUCCCAAGGAAGCUAAUCCCAAUAACAAUCAUCAAGCAAGUGAUUCAGAAUGUUACUCACAAGGAUUCAACUAAAUCCCCAGAAAAAGCUCCGUUGGGAGGAGUGAUACUAGUCCAUCUUAUUAUUCCAGGUCUUAAUGAAACUACUGUAAAACUUCCUGCAUCCCUAAUGUUUGAGAUUUCAGAUGCACUCAAGACACAAUUAGCUAAGAAUGAAACCUUGGCAUUACCUGCCAAAUCUAAAACACCAGAAGUUGAAAAAAUCUCAGCACGAUCCACGACAGAGACUCCUGAAACAGUUCCAAGAACCACUAAACCCACUACAUCUGGUGCAUUAGAUGUUUCAGAAACAACACUGGUUGUCAGCAAAAGGACCCCGGAAACAUUGCAAACUAUUGUAAUACCUCAGUUUGAAUUGCCACUGAGCACUCUAGCUCCAAAAAGGCUUCCAGAAUUUUCCGAGGCAAAAACACCCUUCCCUUUUGAGAAACCUGGGGGCACAUUGGCUUCAACUGAAAAGCCAUGGAUUGUACCUACAGCUAAAACAUCAGAAGAUUCCAAAGUUCUGCAGCCUCAAACUGCAACUUACGAUGUUUUCUCAAGCCCUACAACAUCAGAUGAGCCUGAGAUAUCAGAGUCCUACACAGCAACAAGUGAUCGUAUUCUGGAUUCUGUCCCACCUAAAACUUCUAGAACUCUUGAACAGCCAAGGGCAACACUGGCUCCAAGAGAAACACCAUUUGUUCCUCAAAAACUGGAAAUCUUGACCAGUCCAGCAAUGCAGCCUACAACAGCUGCUCCCCAGCAAACUACAUCUAUCCCUUCUACACCUAAACGACGCCCCCGGCCCAAACCGCCAAGAACCAAACCUGAAAGAACCACAAGUGCUGGAACAAUUACACCUAAAAUUUCUAAAAGCCCUGAACCUACAUGGACAACACCGGCUCCCAGUAAAACACAAUUUAUUUCUUUGAAACCUAAAAUCCCUCUCAGCCCAGAAGUGACACACACCAAACCUGUCCCAGAACCCCAGACUCUACCGCCAUCACAGUCAACAAUAGGACCUGAAACACUGGGACCCAAACCUUCAACAACAACAUUAGCACCACGAAAGACCAAAAGACCAGGUCGUCGCCCCCGCCCCCGUCCCCGCCCUAAAACCACACCUAGUCCAGAAGUGCCCAAGUCCAAACCGGCUCUGGAACCUGCCACGAUACAACCGGAGCCCUUGGUGCCCACAACUGCCUCAAAACCAUCUGAGAGACCUAAAACCACACCCAGACCAGAUGCACCUCAGAUUCAGCCUGGUUCAAAACCACCAAAACAAUUACUUCCUAAACCCCAAACCACAGCAGAACCAGACAUGCCACCAACUAAAUCCGUCUCUGAGCCUGUUCCAUUUGAAACUGAAGCUCCCUCGAUGACCAUAAUUCCCACCACAGACAUUGAGCCUGUAACUGUGAGAACUGAGGCUCCAGUGACAACAUUAGCUCCAAAAACAUCGCAACGAACAAGAACACGUCGUCCACGUCCCAAACAUAAAACCACGCCACGCCCAGAGACACCGCAGACCAAACUAGACUUUGGACCUAUUACUCCUGGGACAUCUUCAGCUCCAACAACAACAAAAAGAACCCGUCGUCCACAUCCCAAACCUAAAACCACGCCCCAUCCAGAAGUACCUCAGACUAAACUGGUUCCUGCCACAAUCCUCGAACCAGUUCUUAGAACUGAGGCUCCAGGGACAACAGUAGCUCCCAAAGUGUCUCAACGAACUCGUCGUCCACAUCCCAAACCUAAAACCACACCGAGUCCCGAAGAGCUUCAGACUGAACUGGCUACCAAAACAUCAAAAGGAACACGCCCUCCACGUCCCAGACCUAAAACUACACCGAGCCCUCAGGCACCUGAGACCAAACCCGUUCCUGCUACAGUCCUAGAACCUGUCACUCUUAGACCUGAGGCCUCAACAACAUUAGCUUCCAAAACAUCACAACGGACACGUCGUCCACGUCUCAGAACAAAAACCACACCACAUCCUGAAGUACCUGAAUCCAAACCAGUUCCUACUGCAGAGCUCAAACCUGUUACACUCAGAACUGAGACUUGGGUGACAACACAAGCUCCUAAAACAUCACAACGAACUCGUCGUCCACGUCCCAAAACUAAAACCACACCAAGUCCUGAGGUUCCUCAGACCAAACCGGUUCCUGUUACAGAUCUUGAACCUGGUACUCUCAGAACUGAAGCUCCAAAAACCAUGGUUGUUACUACAGUCCUGGAACCUGACACUUUUAGAACCAAGGUUCCAGAAACAACAUUAGCUCCUAAAACACAACGGACACGUCGUCCCCGUCCCAGACCCAAAACUACAUCAAGUCCUGAAGUACCUCAGAACAAAUCGGUUUCUGUUACAGGCUUUGAACCUGUUGUUCAUAGUACUGAUGCUCCAGGAACAACAUUUGCUCCCACUGACCUGCAAACUCUCAUUUUGAAACCAGUGACAUCACCAAGCCUAGAAAUUACAGAAAGUCAACCUGUUUCUGAUGUUCUGGAAUCGGUUACGUUUAGUACUGAGUCACCAAAGGAGACUAUAGCACCAGCCAAAACAGACUAUGUAUAUCCCACUGCCAAAGCACCACUCUGGCCAGAGGAGCCAAAGACUGAAGUUGUGGAAUCUGUUACAUAUGUGUCUGAACCACCUGAGACCACACUAGAAACGUCGCCUCUGCCUUCUCAAUCUAUAACCCUACCCAGCCCAGAUGAGCCUCAGACUGAACCCGCUCCCAAGCAGACACCACGUGCUCCUCCUAAGCCAAAAACAUCGCCACGCCCAAGAAUUCCACAAACACAACCAGUUCCUAAGGGGCCCCAGCGUGUUACUGCAAAACCAAAAACAUCACCGAGUCCAGAAGUGUCAUACACCACACCUGCUCCAAAAGAUGUGCUCCUUCCUCAUAAACCAGACACUGAGGUCUCUCAGAGUGAACCUGUUCUGCAACCUGUUACCUUUAGAUUUGAGCCACCAAAGACAACAAUAGCUCCUCUAGAGACACGAGGCAUCCCUUUUAUACCCAUGAUUUCCCCAAGUCCUAGUCAAGAGGAACUACAGACCAUUCUGGAAGAAACAGACAAAUCCACCCAAGACCGUUUCACAACUAAGAUUCCACGAACAACUGAACUGGCAAAGACAACUCAGGCGCCACACAGGUUUUAUACUACUGUGAGACCCAGAACAUCUGACAAGCCACACAUCAGACCUGUUCUGAAUAGGACAACUACAAGACCUACUAGGCCCAAACCCAGUGGGAUGCCCAGUGGGAAUGGAGUGGGAACAGGAGUCAAGCAAGCACCCAAGCCAUCAGGUGCUGAUAGAAAUGUAUCAGUGGAGUCUCCCCACCCCACUAAGAAGCCAGGGACUCGUCGUCCACCCUUGCCACCCAGACCUACACCCCCACGAAGAAAACCUUUACCACCAAAUAAUGUCACUGGAAAGCCAGGAAGUGCAGGAAUCAUUUCAUCAGGCCCAAUAACCAUACCACCCCUGAGGUCAACACUCAGACCUACUGGAACUCCCUUGGAGAGAAUAGCGACAGAUAUAAAGCAACCAACAGUUCCUGCCUCUGGAGAAGAACUGGAAAAUAUAACUGACUUUAGCUCAAGCCCAACAAGAGAAACUGAUCCUCUUGGGAAGCCAAGAUUCAAAGGUCCUCAUGUGCGAUACCUCCAAAAGCCUGACAACAGUCCCUGCUCCAUUACUGACUCCGUCAAACGGUUCCCCAAAGAGGAUGCCACAGAGGGGAAUGCCACCAGCCCACCACAGAACCCACCCACCAACCUCACUGUGGUCACCGUGGAAGGGUGCCCCUCAUUUGUCAUCUUGGACUGGGAAAAACCACUAAAUGACACUGUCACUGAAUAUGAAGUUAUAUCCAGAGAAAAUGGGUCAUUCAGUGGGAAGAACAAGUCCAUUCAAAUUACAAAUCAGACCUUUUCCACAGUAGAAAAUCUGAAACCAAACACAAGUUAUGAAUUCCAGGUGAAACCCAAAAACCCUCUUGGUGAAGGCCCGGUCAGCAACACAGUGGCAUUCAGUACUGAAUCAGCGGACCCAAGAGUGAGCGAGCCAGUUUCUGCAGGAAGAGAUGCCAUCUGGACUGAAAGACCCUUUGAUUCAGACUCUUACUCAGAGUGUAAGGGCAAACAGUAUGUCAAAAGGACAUGGUAUAAAAAAUUUGUAGGAGUGCAGCUGUGCAACUCUCUCAGAUACAAGAUUUACUUGAGCGACUCCCUCACAGGAAAAUUUUAUAACAUAGGUGAUCAGAGGGGUCAUGGAGAAGAUCACUGCCAGUUUGUGGAUUCAUUUUUAGAUGGACGCACCGGGCAGCAGCUCACUUCUGACCAGUUACCAAUCAAAGAAGGUUAUUUCAGAGCAGUUCGCCAGGAACCUGUCCAAUUUGGAGAAAUAGGUGGUCACACCCAAAUCAAUUAUGUUCAGUGGUAUGAAUGUGGGACUACAAUUCCUGGAAAAUGGUAGAUGCUACAAAGUUACCUUCUGUUUCAUCAUGGCAAACAAAAGCAUUGAAAAUACUAUGUCACAUUCAUUCAAAGCUAUUUUGUUUACUAUGUAUAAAAGUCUACAAUCUAAUAGCAAUACUAGAUGUUUAUUAUUAGAAAAAAUUGCUGAGAGUAUUUAUCAGGUUUUACAAAGUCAUUUUAAGAAAGCAAGAUAUUGAUGUUAACAGAAUAACAUUUUUGGGGAAGCUGGCUCCCUAUUCAUGGUAUUUUAAGAGAUUGUUUGUAUAUUAUUUAUCACACUGUUGUAAUGAUGUUUUGAGAUACUUUUAUAACAAAAUUAACAUCAAAAAAGGUAUAUACUUUUUAAAAAUAUUUACUUUUAUUGAUGUGUACUCUUCCUAUUGACGAGUUAAUUCCAUAAAUCUCUACUUAGUUUAACUUAUUGGAUCAAAUUAUCUUCAGCGUAUGUAUCUGGGGAAAAAAGGUCCGAAUUUUCACAUUUAUAUUUAAACUUCAAUUUUUUAGCAACAGCUGAAUAGCUUUGUGGAGGAGUUUAAUAGUUACACAUUUCCUUUAAACAUCCACAAAUUCUUAAAAAGACUGAAUCAGUACAUUUCAUUUCAGCUAAAAAUGGAGUCUAAUAUAUUGUUUCAAAAGAUACAUUUUUACCCACCAUAAAUGUUACAAUAUCUGAAUAUGCUUUGUCAAACUAUCCCUUUAUGCAAUUGUCUUCAUAUUGUUUUUAUGAUUCUAAUUAAGCUGUAUGUACAGACUGUGAAGUCUGAGCACCAAAAUAAUGCAUGAUGAGAUCGCCUACCAUUUUAUAGGAUAUUUACUAUGUAUUUAUACGUUAAGACCUCUAUGAAUGAAUGUAUCAGAGAAUGUCUUUGUAACUGUUUAAUUCAAUCUGUAAUAAAAAUCUGACUCAUUUCUAUUAAAAAGAUAUUUUCCUUUAGGCGGGGAAUGGAAAUCCUUGCUGCACUGUUGCAGUCAUUUUGAAAGGGCCUUUCCCUGUACUUACCUUUCAACAUGCUUCAAUCUUAUCAUCAAUGCUACAUUUUGUAUUUUUCAAGUAAGUAUAAAUUCUGCAAUAAAGAGAUGUAAUUUUUUUUAA